AAGCGACCACGUCAAAAUACACAAAUAUUUCAAUUGCAAAAAUUAGUGUAAACCCAAAGAACACAUUUUUAUUUCAUUUAUUUGGUUAAAAUUCGCCGAGAAAAUCGUAGAUCCCAAUCCAUUAAUUUCUCUUCUCACACAUUUGAUGGCAAACUCACUGCGAUUGUACUUAACCUGCAUUCGGAACACUCUGGAGGCGGCCUUGUGCUUGCAGAAUUUCCCCUGUCAGGAAGUUGAAAGGCACAAUAAACCGGAAGUUGAACUCAAGACCAGUCCGGAGCUUCUUCUGAAUCCUGUUAUGAUCUGCAGAAAUGAGGCGGAGAAAUGCUUGAUAGAAACAUCUAUAAACUCGUUGCGAAUAAGCCUUAAGGUUAAGCAGGCAGAUGAACUUGAGAACAUUCUGACGAAGAAGUUCCUUCGAUUUUUGUCGAUGAGAGCGGAAGCAUUUCAAGUAUUGAGGAGAAAACCAGUGCAGGGAUAUGACAUUAGUUUUCUCAUUACCAAUUACCAUUGCGAGGAGAUGCAGAAGCAGAAGCUGAUCGAUUUUAUUGUUCAGUUCAUGGAGGACAUAGAUAAAGAGAUUAGCGAACUGAAAUUAUCGAUGAACACACGAGGGAGGCUUGUUGCUACAGAGUUCUUGAAGCAGUUCAUCUGAUAUGAAGCUUCCAUCUUUUAGAAUCCGGCAAAUGUGUCGGUCGGGCCCACGAAGAAUCGAUGCUAAGAGCACAUAAUUAUCAGAUAGUGAGCUAGUAGAGCCAUCUAAUGCUAUCUAGAUUCUUAUGUCACUUGUAAAAAUUGAAGAAAAAAAAAAUCAAGAAUUCGUUCAAACUCGGAUUAUGUCAUCAAAUUGAGUUAAAUCCUUGCAACAAGUUUACUAAGUAAAGCCAUUUUUUUCAUUUCAUAUUAUUGUAGAGAUUCAUAAUUUAUUGUUGGGGUAAAUAGCACUUAACCCCCUGUAGUUUGAGCUUUGUGCACAUAACUCCCUUGUACUUUCAAUACAAGCACACGACUCCACUGUAAUUUGAACUUUGUGCAUAUGAUGACCUCAUUGUACUUUUAAUAUAAGCACAAAAUUAUAUUUUUUUUAUA